GUAUAGCCCCCCAUACACAGACCCCUCGUUAUCUCCCCGACAAGAGGCUGAAUGAUUAAACAUUUACUGUCUCUCCAUAAAUCCACCUUCGCUCGGGUGAAGAGGAUGGAGCGGUUGUUGCGCACAGACGCGCAGCAGCCUGUUACCUUCGGAAGGGAGAUUCAUUAUUGACAGCAUGUUAGAGAUCUGCGUGGCAGACGACACGAAAGAGCGGCGGGGCGAGACAAAAACAGGGAGUUUCCAUCGGCAUUCCCCCUCUUUCUCCUCUCUCAUAGGUGACUGGCUGGUUUGGAUGAUCGACCUGCUUCUCUGUAAGAGGGUCUGCUUGAGUGAUUGACAGAUCAGAGGAUGCUGCCUUCAGAUGCUCAUGGAGAAAUUUAAAGGAGACUGAGUUAACACAAAGGGGAACCACUCAACCUACUCUCUGAAGGAUAGAAGCAAUUGGAUCCUGAUCUUAUGUGGACACUGGGUUACUCCCACAGCUGUGUGCUGUACUAAAGCGUACGCUGGGAAGUGAAGGCGCCCUGAGGCAGAGCUAUGGGCUGUGGGGGGAGCAGGACUGAUGCUCUGGAGCCUCGAUACUUGGAGAGCUGGACCAAGGAGACGGAAUCGACGUGGCUGACCAGCACAGACACCGAUAUCCCCCUGUCGUCCAUCCAGAGCAUCCCCUCGGAGAACUCUGAGGCCGGCUUCACCUCUGAGAAAACAAUCAGCCCUGUUCCAGAUUUCUUCGAGGAUGGUCUCCCUCUUCCUGCUCAGGCGUACCUGAAAGUCUGUUCAGCUGUGUCUGAAGCCAGUCUGAACAACGUGAAGCCCAGCAGCCCUCCAGCCAUACUGGGCUCUCCCCCCAAGGAGGCGGUGUUACCAUCAUCUGGCACCACAGUGCAGCGCAGAAGUGUUCUACACACCGAAGAGAUUACAAAAUGGCAAGACAAUCGGAUGUCGACCAAGCAGGUGACCAUCACAGUGACACAGAGCAUCCAUCAGGUGGAUAAGAAUGGGAAGGUGAAGAAGUCCCUCACCACCUAUGAGGUUAUGAAACCAGUGGAAAGCCUAAAACAGGUGGCCACCCAAAACACCUGA